CCCCGGCACCACAGACACCCUCCCCCGUCUUCACUGGCAUCAUUCUGCACUUCCCCGGCCGUAUGGUAUUCUACCGAUCUUUCCUUUCUUCGCACUGGGUGGGCAUUCACAUUUUCUACCGCAUUUGUCGCAUCCGUAACGGGAUCUCGAGACCCCCCUUCGACUUCAACGACUCGCUCUGAUUUUAGCAUCGCGGGCGCGUCUUCAAUAUUUCUUCGUCCUUAUCCCCCUUCGCCUCCUCCUAUCUGCCUGAGCAUCUCGCCUUGCUCAACUCAAUUUUUUCGAUCGCUACUCGAGCGAGGAGUACAGGAUGGAGUCUCCCGCGUAUCCAGAGUCCCCCAUGGACCAGGAUGAUAUCCCGUUCCCUUGCAAGGGCUGUGGAGAGAUUCUGGAAGAGGGCAAGGCUUUCGAACUUGCGGGCAAUCGAUGGCACAUUGAAUGUUUCUGCUGCAGCACCUGCGGUACCCUUCUCGAUUCCGACGCACACCUACUACUCCUCGGAGACGGAUCGUUGAUUUGCAGUAACUGCACAUACAGCUGCAGCUCGUGUGGAAAUAAGAUCGAGGACCUUGCCAUUUUAACGGGCGAGCAAGCCUUCUGCGCACAGUGCUUUCGAUGCCGGAAUUGUAAAAGGAAAAUUGAGAACCUGCGCUAUGCUCGAACCUCACAGGGUAUAUUUUGUAUGGACUGCCAUGAAUCACUCAUGCAGCGGCGGAGAAAGAGAAAUCGGAAUGUUCCACCCUCUAGGAAACAGCCCCCAGGGAUAAAACUAGACAAGUCACUUCCAUCCUUGCCUUCAGAGGAGGCCGAACCGAGAUCUCACGGCUCGGACGAUCCAGCUGCCGAUGCUUAUUCCGAUACGACUCCCGAUGCGACAUUGCGAGGAGCUGCGCCUGCGCUGGACGCAGGAAGGGGCAGAAGCUCGUCUGCUACUCGCGCGCCUGUUGAUAAUCAAGAUAACCUGAUCCUCCCUUCGAGCACUUACCGAAGCAAUCGACACUCAAUCAUCCCCCAAACCGAAGUAGAGAGCGGGGGGGAGUUCCUGAUUCCUGUCGCAUUUGACCCCUCCGAAGAACAACGCCCCCCUCGCGGACAGUUACCUUCCACAACUUACCAAAAAUCGCCUCAGGAAUCGGAGACUUCGUCUCCGCAUAUUGCGUACCAGGAGAAAGGCCGGGAUCGCGUCGACCUUGACGCGGCACGUUGGCGUCAGGAUGACCUCGCUAACGGCUUAAAUACUGCCAGGUCGGCAUCCGCUCGCAGUUCCAGGUCAGACCUGGGUCGCAAGGAGACCAGCACUUUCUCCACACCAAGCCCCGAAAGCACUAAAUCAGCGACCGCUCAGAGAGACGGCUUAGCUUCAGACUUCCAGAGGGCUGCGGGUGACAACAUUGCCACACUCCCGAUUCGACCUUCUCAUGAGCUGCGUCGGUUGCACGAGACCACGGGGUCGGUUGACUCAUCGCACUCAUUCUUAUCCUCUUCGAGCAUACAACAUCCCAAACGGGCCGACUCCCUGGAGGGUAGGCUGCAUCAGGCCCCAAGAAAGGAAGUCGGCACGUCGCCUCGCCCGCCGUCCGUCACCCCCAGCGACCAGUGGAGCGAAAGAUCUACAGACCGGACGGGUGCCAGCAAGAGUACUCCGAGGACCGGUGAAUCCGCCUGGACUCCGCGCAGCGAAGUGAAUGAACCGCCUAAACCUCCCGCGCGACCCAACUCAAUCAGCACUCUUCAACAGGUCGAGGCCUAUCGCCAAACUGAUGGUGCAGGUUCUCCAUCGUUACUGCGGUAUAGUGGCGGAGCGGACUUCACUAUGGAGGAAGAUAUGGCCCGAAUUAUGGGCUCUGAUGACGGAAAUUCUACGCAGACAAGCGAGUCCUUCCUCCGACGCGUCUCCAACUCCGUGCGCCACGGCCGUUCCUACAGCGACAAAGGAUCUCGCCUCUCAAGGGAUGCCAAAUGGCCCAAGUCACCUGUCAAUGGAUCCGCUGCGAUACCCGAUCUGGCAAGCAUCUCUCCCGAGAAUGCGGGACCGGAGGAAGUGGCGUGGCUGCGGAGCGAGCUACGCAAGGAACGGCAGCGUGUGUUUGAUCGGGAGCAGAAGAUUGCUGAGAUGGAAGCGAUGCUGAACGCAAGUGCAGAUGUCAAGCAGGUGAACACUGAGCUGCACGAAAAGCGGUCUACCAUGGUGGUCUUAGACGCCCAGAAAGAGAUUGCCAUGCGCGAGCUCUCAGUGCUGACCGAUCAUCUCGAGGCCGAAAAGCGUGGAGGCGGCGGCUCUCUCGACCUUGGCAAGCUGACCAACCAUGUCUUGAGGGAGUUUGUGGAAUCUAUUUCGAAGCUGAAAGAGACCUUUACACCACAAAUCGAGGAACUGGUGCAGAAACGUAACGAGGCUGCAGAGGAAUUGGCGAACCUGAACCGUAUGAAAGACAAGAGCUUCCAGGAAUUCGAGCAGUUGUCCUCGAAGAAUGCCCAACUAGCGGAACUGAACAACCAGCUGGUGCAUCAGAUCCAGGAGCUCUACAAGGCCAACCCGACUGACGGCCGCGGUGCCAACGGUCUUGGUAUCUACUCGCAUGGCAAGGAGAAGUCGUUGUCCGCCAUCGAUGCUCUGAAGGCGGCCAACAGCGAUUUGGUUCCUACGAUAGCAACGACGAACAUCUCAGAAGAGGUGGAACCCGCCACGGCUACGAUCGUUCCGGGUCCCCAGGUGGUUAGCAUCCGAAAGGGACAGCCUCGCAAGUUUAACUGGAAGAAAGGAGGCCAGAACGUCGCCAAGGGUGUUACCAAAGGCCUCAAAGGUGCCUUUAUGUCCAGUGAAAACGCGCCAGCAGAGGGCAACCCGGGUCUGCCACGCUCUCAAACGCAGGACCCCAGUCGCCCCGGAUUUGGUUUCUUCGGUAACCCGCGGAGCAAGCAAACAGGACUCCGAAUGCCGCAAACCGAGAGUGUCCCAGUCCUGGCUGAAGCUACUACCCCUGGAGGACUUUUUGGUACCGAUCUGGAACAGCGUAUGGAGCAGGAGAAAAGCAUCAUCCCUGCCAUUAUCACCCGCUGUAUCCAAGAAGUCGAACUACGAGGCAUGGAUAUGGAGGGUAUCUACCGCAAGUCCGGCGCCAGUUCUGCGAUUCAAACCAUUCGAGAAGGCUUUGAGCGCUCUCCACAGGACUACGAUAUCUCCGACCCUGAUCUCGAUAUUCAUGCCGUGACGUCCGCUUUGAAGCAAUACUUCCGCAAGCUGCCCAUGCCGCUUAUCACGUUUGAUGUGUACGAGAAAGUCAUUGAUUCGGGGGAGAUCGCUUCUCAGUCCGCUCGGAUUGAAAGCCUACAGAAGAGUCUUCGGGAUCUGCCACGCGUUCACCAGGAUGUGCUCGAGUUCCUGGUGUUCCACUUGAGGCGCGUGGUUGAGCGUGAAAAGGAGAAUCUUAUGACCAGCCAGAACAUCGCUGUGGUGUUUGCUCCAACCAUCAUGCGGCCCGAGAGUCUCGCACGGGAGAUGACUGAUGUGCAAAAGAAGAAUGAGGUUUUGAAGUUUUUAGUCGAGAACUGUCAGGAGAUCUUCAUGGGGAUGCAAGGGUAGAAAGCCCGUCUCGUCUCGUCUCGUCCUCUGCCAUCUCCGGCCUGGUCCAGGGUGAGCGAGGAUGAUGCGGACGGCGUUCUUCCCCCCUUUCUUUUCCUUCUUAAUCGCUCUUCCCCU